CCUCUGAUCUUUGUAAUAAAAUAUAUACGGAGGAGAGACAGAGGGACACAUGGAGGACACUUAGUUUUCAUUAAGGCUGACAGACUAGAAUAUUAGCAGGUUAGCAUGUUAACUGAGGCUAUGCUAACAUGUUAAUGUUCUCAUUUCUGAUGCAGAUGUGAAGAACAUGUUAAUAUUCAUGUUGAAGUCUGGUGAAUGAAUGAAUGUGUGUUUGUCAGAUUAAAGGAAGAAUCCUUAAACGGUCUAAUUUGAAGGACGCUCCGUCAUCGACCCGCCAAAGGACUUUCAAUGUCAAGGAUCCUUCUGAGUUUCACGAAGGACUGAGUCCUUCUUUCUGAUAAACUCCUGACACGUGUUUAAAAUUGUCCAACAACAUUAGAGUGUUGAAUUGAUCAUAGGACCUGUAACCGUCUCAGUCUGCUGAGGGUUAAUGACACACACCUGGGGACACUCUGAUUGGCUGCAGGUCACUGAUCACUGAUUGGCUCCACCUGCUGCAGCAGCUCAUAUAAACCCUCAGACCUGAAACACACUUCUGCAGACCAGGUGAGACACCCACAGCUCCUCCUCCUCUUCAUCAUGUCAGCAUUUAAAUCCAGCUCAUCUCUGCGGUCUCUGGUUCUGACUCCUCAGCAGACCCCGACCUUCUUCAUCCCCUCCCGCAGUCCGCUCCUCUUCCUCUCCCCACGGCUCCAGCGGACGUCCCCGGACCGGACCGGACUGCUGUCUGACCAGGAUGACGACAGUCCGGGAGCUGAGCCCCCACUCAGCCCUGUGGCAUCACCCCGCUUCCUGCUCCGCCUGCCACGGGUCAGAUCUCCCCGCCAUGCCAUCCCCACUGCGUCCGCAGCGGACGCAGACACAGACCUGACUACUCGUGCAGCCAUGUCACUGCCGCAUGUCAGGAAGGUGACCACGCCCUACGGCUUCCGCGCUGUCCUGGCAACGAGCCCAUGCACCCGCCGGCGGGAGUCGCUGUUUCACCGGAACAACCCGGUGAUGGUGACGGUCACUGACACUGACCCCCAGGACCUGGCGGACCCCCUUCCUCCUCCUGCACAUCCCGGCAGGUCCCCGGUGCGUUCGCGGCCCAUCAGAGCGCUUGGUCUGCAGGUGAUUAAGGAGCUGAAGAGACCUGCAGCCGCCCUGAAGGCUCUGAGUCCCGCCACCAGGAGGACACGCCCCCUUUAACGUCACAUGGUCUCUUUAUUUGUACAUUUUAUAACUUAAUGUUUCAAUAAAACUUUAAAGACCAGUUUCCAUGGUAACUGAACAACUUCAAAACGUACACUCUGAAGUAGCCAUGACGUCACACAAAUGAUUGUUGAAGGUCCACAGAUAUUCAUACAGACAAAGGGCCCUUAAUAUGUUUGGUUUUUUUUUUGUUUGUUUGUUUUUUAACUACGUUUGUGAAUAAAAUGUUU